UGAGAGCUGCUCAGCCUUCCAGACUGAGGGCGGAGGCAUGUCAGUCCUGCUGGCCCUGCUCCUGGGGGCUGUGCUCUGCCCCCAUGUCCUCAGCCUCCCGGAGGGCACCACCGAGCCAGAAACAGUGACCCAGGUGGACAGUGACAGCAGCACCCUGGUGGGCGCCCUCAGUCUAGCCCGCAGCAACACCGACUUUGCCUUCAGCCUCUACAAGCUCUUGGCUGCCCAGAGUCCCGAAACCAACGUCAUCUUCUCCCCGCUCAGUGUUUCCAUGGCCUUGGCCUUCCUGGCACUGGGGGCCCGCGGCCACACCCAGACCGAGAUCCUAGAGGGCCUCAAGUUCAACCUCACCGAGACCCCCGAGGCCAACAUCCACCGGGGCUUCCAGCAGCUACUGAGACAUCUGAGCCGGCCCGGGAUGCCCCUGCAGCUGGACGUGAACACAGCCAUGUUCCUGGACCAGCAGCUGGACCUGCAGGAGGGCUUCCGGGAGGAGGCCCGAGAGUUGUACGCCGCCGAUGCUCUCUCCGCAGACUUCCAGGAUACCACCGCCGCCGAGAAGCUCAUCAACGACUACGUGGAGCUGAAAACCCGGGGGAAGAUCAAGGAGUUGGUCAAGGGCCUGGACGCAGAGACCAGGAUGGUCUUGGUGAACUGCCUCUUCUUCAAAGCCCAGUGGAAGACGCCCUUCGACCCCUACGACACCCACCCAUCAAAUUUCCAUGUGAGCAAGAGCAGGAAGGUGAAGGUGCCCAUGAUGAAUGCUGAGGACAUCCGGGUGCCCUACUUCCAGGACAAGGCGCUUGGCUGCACCGUGGUGCAGCUCCCGUACAAGGCCAGCAGCGCCUGUGCCCUCCUCGUCCUCCCUGACGAGGGCCACAUGGCCGAGGUGGAGGCCGCACUGCUCCCAGGCACGCUCCAACGCUGGAGGGACUCACUGGAAAUGAGGACCAUCACCCUGAGGCUGCCCAAGUUCUCCGUCUCCGGGGACUACGACCUGAAGCAAGUCCUGGCCGACCUGGGCCUCAGAAGCGUCUUCUCCAGGGACGCGGAUCUCUCAGGCAUCACCCAGGCCGAGAACCUGCACGUCUCCCAGGUGGUCCACAAGGCGGUGCUGGACGUGGCGGAGGAAGGCACUGAGGCAGCAGCAGCCACAGGAAUCAAGAUCGUCCCUCUCUCCGCAAGGUUGUAUAAAACCAUCGUGAAGUUCAACAGGCCCUUCCUGGUGGCCCUCCUCUCUGAGGACACAAAGAGCAUCCUCUUCCUGGGCAAAGUGGCAGACCCCCAGCAGGCCUGA